AUGGCUGUCAGAGCAAGUGAACUGGCGGAGGUGAACAGCGUCACGCUGGCCGUGAACCUGGUGGGCUGUCUCGCGUGGCUGAUUGGAGGAGGGGGAGCCACCAACUUUGGCCUCGCCUUUCUCUGGCUCAUUCUCUUCACGCCUUGCUCCUACGUCUGCUGGUUUCGGCCCAUUUACAAGGCCUUCAAGACCGACAGCUCCUUCAGCUUCAUGGCGUUCUUCUUCACUUUCAUGGCUCAGCUGGUCAUAAGCAUCAUCCAGGCUGUGGGCAUCCCAGGCUGGGGUGUUUGCGGCUGGAUUGCAACCAUCUCCUUCUUCGGGACGAACGUGGGCUCCGCGGUGGUGAUGCUCAUCCCAACCAUCAUGUUCACGGUCGUAGCGGUGUUCUCCUUCAUCGCGCUCAGCAUGGUUCAUAAAUUCUACCGGGGGAGCGGAGGGAGUUUCAGUAAAGCCCAGGAAGAGUGGACCACGGGGGCCUGGAAGAACCCGCACGUGCAGCAGGCCGCCCAGAACGCUGCCAUGGGGGCGGCUCAGGGCGCCAUGAACCAGCCACAGACUCAGUAUUCCGCCACCCCUAAUUACACAUACUCCAACGACAUGUAAACCAGCCCCGCCCGCUGGGAGGCAGUGUGGAGGGUGGGGGUGGGGGGGGUGCGGGUGGCCAGUGGGGACAAAGGGGCUCGAGCCACAUCGCCGAUCGUGGCCACCAUGCAGGGUUCCCCCUUUCCCCUUUUUCUCCUUCUCUUCCACUUUGUACAAAGAAUGAGAGCUCUCUUGAUCUAUCUA